AUGCCAAACCACGUCACAGGAUACGCUGAGUGGCAAGAAUUUGUUAAAAGUAACAGCGGGAAAGACAUCUUCGCGCUCUUCUGUGGAGGCAAGGAUGAAAAUGGGAAGAGCUGGUGCCCGGACUGCGUCACUGCCGAACCUGUACGUUUUGCUUGUCGAAUUAUUUUCAAAACUACCAAGCCUCCAACAACUAAUACUUGUAACGAGGAUUGCGGCUUGUACGGAAGUUGCAUUACUGAUGCAGUCGGAAAUAGCUACUGCUCAUGUGACGACGGCUAUGAAGAUAUCGCUGGUACCUGCGAAGAUAUCGACGAAUGUUUGACAUCCCCUUGUCCAGCAACCAAGCCGGUUUGCGUCAACACUCUUGGAAGCUACACAUGCAACACGAUGGGCGGCGGGAGCAGCUAUUUCAAUGUCUACGCUGACCCUCAUUUCAAAGUAUCUGCCCCUGGUCAGCCAACUCUGUGUUUCAACUUCCAAGGCAAAGAUGGUGAUAUUUUCACACUGUUGAAAGACAAUCUUCAUGAUUUUACUGUCAACGCGAAAUUCGGUGGCAAUCAAAAGCACUCAUGGAUUGAGGAAGUUGGUCUGACGACUCAUUCCGGAACUACUGUUAAACUCUCGCCGAAGAACAUUACUCUUGGCAAGAAUGGCUCCAGGCAGCUCACGCUCAUCUACAACAACGUUGAUGAGUGGGAAUUCGGAGAUGUUCUCAUCCAGAGACACCACGACAGUCACGGCAAACACGUUGCUCUUAUCCAUCUUCGAGAUGGACCUACAAUGCGCGUUCAUGUUCACAAAGACCAGCUUGGAUUCGAAGCAUCUGAAUCUGAGCAGCUCAACAACCCAGAAGGCAUCGUCGGCACUCUCAUGGCCAACAACGCUUACGAAAUCAACGAAGAAGAGGAAACCAUCAGGAGCAAAUUUUGGCUCGCUGGAACCUCACAAAAGAUUACAACAACAAUGCCAAUCAUGAAAAACAAGGGAUGCUAUACACUUAGUAAAGAUAAUGUCAAAUUCCUGCUGCCAGUGGAAGACUUGAGACAAGACUCACUUUUUGAUGUCAAAGAAGUGAGCCCAAAGAUGAUUGUCACUGCUGUGGAGAAGUAA